AUGCCAUUCGCUACUAGCAUUCAGAAUUCUAGAUAUCGAAAGAAGAAAAUCUCAAAGGUAUCACAUCACCAAACAACAAAUAACAAUCUUUUGUUGGAAAAGGAACAACAUGCAGUGAUUCACUCUGCUAAAAAACUGAAGCGAUCUUCCAAAUUAUUACACCGGAACUGUUUUAUGUUAUCACAAGAACGACGUAAUCGGCGUAGACAGGCGCGCACAGGGCGUGCCAUCGAACAACUAAAUAACUAA